GUGGGAACCAUGUAACUACUUGCUCAAGACCGGAAGGGGCAGUGUGGUCGCUACGGCAACGCGUAUCCAGUCUGUCAACAGUCAAUUACGUCUUAAAUCUGACAACCAGUGAUCAGUAAUGUCUUCAGCAGUGGCGAGCGGCUCAAGGACUCCUCUCUUUCCAGACAUUUACAGUCCACAAAAACACCGGAAAACACAAAAGUUCAUCCCAAAAGAGAUAAAAGAGCUAAACUCCGUUUGUCCUGAUGGAGAAAAAUCCCCAGUCCUCACUGAGUAUGAUAUUGCACAAUUCAGGAAGCCUUUACGACAGAACAUUUGCAUAGGGCUGCUGUGUGCGGGUUUUCACCGCUCGUUUGCACAGCUGUUUGCGCUGUUGCAGCGCUGGGACGCAGCAGACGAGCAUGCGCACAAACUAGAGAUGCUGCAGCACAUCCUCACCCGCGCUGAAACAGCAGAAAGAGCAGGACAGUAUGGGGAGGUGUAUGACAAUCACCUGCGUCUGGCCCGGUUCUUCACUGAACCAGAGGAUGGAUGGCUGAAGCAUCAUUUCUUUCAACUAGCCCUGCAUUCAGCUCGCAAAUUCAAAAUGGACUCUGGCAAAAAAGAGGCGGAGGCCAACUUGCACAUGGGAGAAGUUUAUUUAGAGAAGGGUCAGCCUGAGCUAGCAAAAGAGCAUUAUGAAGAGUUUUAUCACAUGACCUUGGGCCGUGCAUGGCAGGACACUAGUGGUCGGACACAACACUUACGUUCGUGUGAAGAGUUGGGAAAGGUGUACACAUUGCUGGCAGAAAGGCUUCUUCAGAACCAAGACUAUGCACUUGCCAUAAAGCUGCUCACAAAAGCCUACGAGAUGGCUAAAGAAUCUGGAGAUCUAGAGCGAAAAGGAGAUGCAGCCUAUAGAUUGGGCCUUGCAUAUCAGCAUAUAGGAGACCAAGCCACAGCUAAACAGUUUCUCAGUGUUUACAUGGAGAUCUCCACAGAACUUAAAGAUAUGGAUAAUCUGGGAAGAGCAUAUGGAGCCAUUGCCAAAUCACUGGAGAGUGAAGGCAAACAAACAGAAGCGAUUCAAUAUUUGGAGAAGUUUGCUGAGAUUUCUAUGAGCAACAAACAGGACAGAAAUCUUGAGAAUGCUUACAGGUGUCUUGGAUCAAUCCUCAACUCUAAAAGGCAGUAUGAUGAAUCUCGUGUAUAUUUUGAGCGUGCAUAUGAGAUUGCAUGUAAUAUGGCGUCAGUGCCCGGAGUGCAGAAGGCUCAGGUUUAUGUGGGCACCGCCCGUGCCCUCAGCAUCCUGCAGGUGUACAAUAAACACAUAGAGACGUGUGGACGCCAGAGCAUCCAAAAAAUCAUCAAGUGGAAGGAGCGAAGGGAAAACAGCUUCAAUGAAACCAUAGAGCAAGACAUGAAGAAAUGAACAGUGGAGGGGGAGGAGGAUUGUGAUUAAAGGCUUAAUAAAGUCUUAUAUUCUUCUCAGUGUAUUUAAGUGUCAGAAUGUCUUGAUGCUUCUUACUGUACAAUGAAAGUUUUUUGGCAUGCAUUCAGCAAAAAAGCACCAUUGAAGUCCAAAUGCAUCAUAUUACAAAUCUUUCCUUUUGUGGUCGAUCUGCUUUUUUCAAUGCAGAACUAAAGGAACUGGGGAUGUCAGUGUACUAAAGAAUAGGUGGUCUUUCUGUUAAAAAAAAACUAUAAACAUUAUUAGCUGAUCCUCAUUCAAAUCUUAAUACACAAGACUGUGGCAAUCACAUUACAGAAUCUCAAAGAAAUUAUUUAGGCAUUUUGUGGAAUC